AUGGUUAAGCAUAACAACGUUAUCCCAAAUGGGCAUUUCAAGGGGCAGACACUGAAGUACAACAUGAAAAUCAGAGCUGGUAGGGGAUUUUCGCUGGAGAAGCUCAAGGCAUCUCUUCCAUUUGUUUCUGACCCUGAAGACAACAAUGAUGCCAAAGUUGGUUUAACCAAGCAACAAUAUCACCAACUAAUGACAUUGCUCAGACCUCAGGAUUCUUCAAUUAUGGCCUCAGCUGUCCACUACAGCAACCCUUCUCCAUCUUCUUCCAAAAUGAACUCUUCCCUGGAGGGUUUUCAGACUAAUGUUAAUGGACUGAAGACUUACAAGGCCAAAUUAGUCAUCUUCCCAAGACGUGCUCCUAAAUCCAAAGCUGGUGAUUCUACUCCAGAGGAGUUGGCAACAGCUACUCAAGUCUAA